AUGGCUCGUGAGGGCGAAGGCUUCAAGCUAGAGACGGAGCUUCACGUCGCUGCACGGCAAGGUGACGUCAAGGCUCUGAAGCGUCUGGUGGCGUCGGACACGGAUGUGGACAAGGCCGAUGUUGACCUCUACACACCAUUGCACCGAGCCUGCGACCGGAAGGAUGCUGCUUGUGUGGAGCUGCUUCUUGGAGCUCAGGCGGACCCCAACGUGUCACAUCCAGGUUUGGACGGAUGGACGCCUUUGCACCUGGCCGCCUGGCGCGACUCCCGGCCUUGUGCCGCCCUGCUCCUGGAGGCCAGGGCGGACCCGGCCGUCCUUGACUGGUAUGGGAAGACCCCACUGUCACUUGCAGGCCAUGAUGUGAAGCCGCUCAUGGCAGGCAGUCAGCCCAAGGGUGCCGACAGCUGGGAGAACUUCCGCAAAGGCUGUGUCAUGCAACCCUCUGCCGUGCACCUCGCAAACAUCGAGCGAUGCAAUCAGGCAUCGCAGGAGCACGGUGAGCAGCAAGGCGAGUUCGUUGUCAGCUUCGACAGCAAGGCAGGCUCAGCUGCGAAGUCGCGGCUCUGA